UUAAAUAUUUUUUAAUUUGAAGCAAAUUUUUCUGUACUUGAUAAUAUAUAUAUAAUAAUAUUUGAUUGUUUAAACAUAUACGUGAAUAUCAUUUAUUGUAACAAAUUAAACGAUUAAUUUGUUAUUGAUUGAAAUUGAUGCUAAUUAUAUUACGUUACGUAUAUGGUAUAAACGUAACAAUAACUUCGUGAAAUAUUAUACCAGAAAGCAGAAAAGAAAAGAAAGAGUUCUUCUUUCUUUCAAAUUCUUUCAAAAUGAUGUUUGGACGAAAUACCGGCAAUUCGUUCAACAUAUCGUGGAUACGUAUAUAUGUAUACAUAUAUAUUCAUGGAGAACUAUAAGCACGGUAUCUUGUCGUAUUUUCCUGCUUAGUGUGCAACGUCCCACAAAGUUUAAAGGCUUUAAAGUUGUCGUGUGAGCACAAAACUGAGAAAGUUGAACUCUCUCUAGAUCGUUGUCCUAUAUAUUCAUACAACGCCCGUACAUCCCAUUGACGCUUCGGUGAAACGCAGCUAGCGCUCUGGGAUGCAUUGUGCUGAUACGCCAAUGCAAUUAUCCCCUGGAGAUCCGAGUUUGCUGAACAUUCAUUCGCGUAGGCUGUUUUACCAGUGGCUAACAAUGUUUUCGAGAAUAAAGAUUGUCCGAUUCAACAUACAUUUUUAACAAUGCGAACAAUGUGAACGAGGUGAAUUUUGUGACAGUGCAAUUCAACGAUUUGACAUGUGAGAUUAACGAACAAAAUAUUAUUGAUUAUUUUAUACAUAUAUAAAAUAAUUAUUGUACUAUUCUGUAUGUAUAUAAAAAUAACGCUGUCUAAAAAAAAAGUUAUGAAUUAAUUUAUAUAGAAAAAGAAUACAAACAUGUCUCGACACCAGUCUGCUAUUUAAAGAUUAUCGAACUACGUAGCUUGUCAACGAAGCAAAUUAUUGGUUUCCUCGAUGUUACAAAAGGAAUGUUUAAAACGAUUUUCAUCCCACGUCAUCGAAAUAUAUUUUCCAGCGAAAAUAAAAGGUCUAUUCCGACACGACUGCGUCAUCACAUCCACGUGUUCGCGCAGGGAAGGGUGCAGCUUCCGCUGCAGAAGCUACAACGUCAUAGCCCUUGAGACAAAGCGCAUAAUCGUCUGAGAGAAAUCUGUAUAAUCCUUUCGGCCAGGAAAAAAUCGGAAAAAAAUCACUUUACGUAAUGCGAUCGGAACUGCCAGCAUUUCACAGCUGAUUCACGAUUCGAAUUCUACGAGAGGAUCGAGACUGGACUCGGGUCAAUCAAGCGGGUUACGAUCGCAGACACGGAAGGCGAGCGUAUGUUUACACCGACAGGUCGACGUGUGUACGUGCAGUAGCGGAACGUCGCGUCGUUAGCUCGGUCCGGGAAUACACAGAGUGGUACGGUUCUGGUAGGUGGCUGAAAUGGACUCACCUCUCUGCCGACUGGAUGCGGCCACGGGGAGUUGAGCUCGGAGCUUGCGGCCGGCACAGACCGGAAAGUACUGCGUGAAUGUUAAGCACAGGUGGCAAUAUCUCCGAUGGCACGGCUACGCCGCUCGAGUGGUCGGUGUGGACUGCAGAAAAGCCCGCAGAUGAUACCAGAGACCUAGGGGAGCACCGUAUGACAUCAUCGCUGGCCAAUCCGCGCGACUCACCAGGGCGCAAGCGCCGCCACCCUCCUGAGCGCCAGGGGUGCUUGCGAUAUAUCGCAAUCGAUUGCAUCCCCAACUUCGCGCCCCCGACAACGGAGCUCUCUGCUGGCGAGGCUUCACUCGGCUCGGCUUUGAAAUGUGGCGCCAAGUUCAUAGCUCUGCGAGACGACGGACGGCUUAUACCUUUGGUUUAUUAAACUUAUCGAUUAGGCGAGAUCUUAACUUUCCUCUUUGCGAUAAACUUUUUUUCUUCACAAAAAUAUCGGAACGUCAAUAUUUUUUAGACUACCGGUCGUUAAUCUGAUAAUUUUUGCGCUUAUUAUACGGAUCUGCUCUUAUCAGAAAUUUUUUUAUCGAUUGCAGACUUUUAAUUUUCGUCAACAGUUUCGUCAUGUUUGCCAGCGAGUUAAAGGUGAAAACGUGAAUGUAAUAUAGAAUCAACUGGAACCGUGUGUAUCUACAUGACGCCUCAAAUAAAGUGUGUAUAAUCGAUUUGUCAGACUGACAGUCUUGACAAGAACAGAUGCGACCUGAGCGCGAACGCGUCGUGGGCGCCGCUUACCACAUUGUCAAGACGCAACGCGGACAGAUAAUAGAUAAGCCGGCUGAUAUCAAGUCAAACACACGACCGUAUAAAUCUUAUCGGAGUGGCGCACGGUAAAAACGUUUUGCAUACGUUCCUCGGCCUCGUCUCGGCAUAGACAACAGGUCAUGGACACUCUGUAUCCGAAGCUGCACGACCGCUUCAAGACCGAGGGCCUCUGUCCCAUCUGCCUCAUGGAGAUGGAGCUGACGCCCAGAUACUCGUGCACCAACGGCCACACCGUGUGCUAUCGUUGCAAGCCGUAUUACUACAGCUGUCCUACGUGCACGGCGCCGUUGGAUGUGCAGAUCCUACCGCCUCAGCCGUCCCCGAUGGUACAGCUCCCGCCGUGUCCCAUGCUACGGCGCGGCCACGACGAUCACAAUCCCAGCGCACCGCCGGUGGACGACUUCCUGAAUCACGAGAGAAGGGCUUGGCAACCGCCCGUGCCACCUGAGAAUCAACCUCUCGAAUCCUGCUCGUAUUCUCAUCUGGGAUGCUGGGUAAAGAUACCGGAGCAUCUGCGAGUGCUUCACGAGUCGAGAUGCCAGUUUCGACCGCGCUCGGAGGAAGAACAUGUGUCGACCAAUCCCUCCGAUGAUUUGGUAGGUUGCUCAUACUUUGCAGCAGGAUGCAGGGCACGAGUGGUGUCAUGGCAACGCGCCAUGCACGAAAGGGAUUGCAUCUACAGAUUUCAGGGUGUGAACGAUAUCAGUGACGGUCUCGCAUCCGCUACGAUCGCCGAUAACGAUUACGGCGGCGAUCCCGAAGAAUUGGUGGAAUGCAGAUUUAGGCGAUACGGCUGCAUGGUAAAUAUGCCGAGGAGGCGAAAGUACACACACGAGCAGAAAUGCAACUACAAGAGCUAUCAAACGGAUGUGAACGAUGGGUUCGUUGGUUAUCCAACGAAUUAUCCCGAUUAUCCCUCGCAGCCAGAACUGGAUCCUGACGAGCAAGUAGAAUGCAGAUGGUUCGAGUAUGGUUGCCGGGUCAAGCCAAAGCGCUGUCGCAAGCAAAUUCAUGAGGAGAAAUGCAACUACAAGAGCUAUCAAACGAAUGUGAACGAUGGGUUCGUUGGUUAUCCAACGAAUUAUCCCGAUUAUCCCUCGCAGCCAGAACUGGAUCCUGACGAGCAAGUAGAAUGCAGAUGGUUCGAGUAUGGCUGCCGGGUCAAGCCAAAGCGCUGUCGCAAGCAAAUUCAUGAGGAUAAAUGUAACUACAGAAUGGAAGAGUGCAUGUGGAAGCAUUACGGAUGCAGCGCCAUAUUUAAGCCAAAUUUAAAGUAUUCCCACGAGAACAAUUGCGAUUUUGCCCAACAUUAAUUAUACCGAGUUAGAUUAAUGGUGUUCAGGUAAACUGGUAUGAUUCUCGCGUAUAUAAUAUGCGCGUAUUUAUCAAUUAUAAAAUAACUUUUUCUUAAAUUAUAAUUUUGAUUUUGAAAAAAAUAUUGGUCAACAAAAAUAUUAUUCAAUUAUUCUCAAUCUUCGUAUAACAAUAAUAUAAAGAUAUACAUUAAUUGAUUUCUCUUAUAAUUAUUAAAUUAAAUUAUACUAAACAUGACUAGUCAUAUUAUCAAUAAAGAAAACUAAAGAAAUCACUUGCGAAUUUAGUUUGUUCAAACAAAUCGUGGCGAGGAAUUAUCGCGCGACAAGUGCCGUCUAUUACAUACUUAAAUUCGCUAAUAUAAUAAACACAUAGUGUACGCAAGAAACGUAUAUUCCUCUCUUCUGGUAGCAUCAAAAGAUUCUAUUAAUCGACAACAAAUUGCGAGCGAAACUCGUUAAGAUAACAACAAUUAGCAAACGACAAAUCGGAUCUGAUCGUCGGCGGCACCGAGACGCGGGGCAAUUUGGCGGAACGCAUUAACGACGAUUUCUAAGAACCCAUGGGGAUAAUACAGAGGAGGAUUAUUUACUCUCUCGCGCCACUUUCCGUACCGUACUUCUCGCGCGAGAUAGCGAGACUUCCGCCUGUCGUUCCGGGGAUCAUCUUGAGCAUGAUCGCCCGGAAUGAGGGAGUGAUGGCGUCGCUGGGAUAUCCAACACCUGCAGGCUAAUGGUGAGCCUCCCUGUGCGCCCACGACCGCACCAUCGUCGCUCAACGAAACGACAUCUACACACAUAUAACGUCCCAUUUAUAACGUCGGCGUGAGCGAAAGAUGAACGCGCAAUUCAGUUUUUAGUUGCACGAUUACGGAUAGUAUCUCGAGGUAUUAGUUUCGAAGUCAAUAAAGUACAUCGGUAUAUCAAGAACAAAUUGCACAAUUCAUUUUACUCGAUUUAUUUAUAGUUAUUGUUAAUCGCUAAGGAAAAGGAUUUUGUAUAACUUAUAUUAUAAUAUUGACAAUUUGCAACGAUUUGUAAUUAUCGAAAUUGGAGAAAAAGCAAUUACGAAUGAAUUAUUACAUAAUGCGGAUUUACAGAAACAUCAGUCAUCUAACUCUACGGAGACGCAAACGAAGGUUGAAAUCUAUUUCUUGCGCCAUGAAAAUCUGAGACGGUCCCAUGGGUGAGGUACGCCUUCGUUCCUACUAAAUAAAUAUCGAACGGCUCGUGUCGCGAAGAAACUUUUGUCCGCAAGCAACGCGGGCGGCCCGUCAUCUCGUUUGGUCAGAAGUUUAACGUUCGACGAUGGUCCGAUGGACAAAGGGAUGCAGGGUCUGUUUUACAUGGUAAAGACCAAGAAGGACCGCCACCUCUGACCAGUAGAUGCCUUAAAGAGGAUACUGCGCCAUACUCUAGAUUCAUAAUCAUACAAAAAGAAAAUACUAGCCUCAAAAAUAUCCCAGAAACAAUCGGGGUGACUCUCAUUUAAGGCAAAUGCCCUAUCCCACGAUCGCUACCCUUUAUCCUCUCUGAUUACAUUUCGGAUUAUUCGUUGAUUUUUAAUUAACCGAUUUACAAAGAGAUUGCGCACCUUAAAGAAGAUACUUUAUUCUAACUGAUUUCUUGAAACAUCUGCUACUCUUUGAUUCAUGCACAUAAAUUCAUAUCGUCGCGCAAUUGUAUGUUAUAAAAAAUUUAAAUUUGCUGCAUGCGUGUUUGGUUAUGGUUUGCCAUUUCCUGAUAUGUAAAGUGAUACUAUCGUGCGUUAUCUCAUAUUUUUUUCAUAACAGAUAACGGCAUGAUAGAAUCAAAGAAACGUAGUAAAUCCGUAGUGAAAAAAAAAAACGUGUCUGCCUUCUACUUUAAUAAAUCAGAAAAACGUGACACUGCA